AGAGCCAAGGAGCGAGGAGGGACCUUCUCACAGUGUAAGGGAGAGCUUGAGGGGGACGGAGGAUAAAGAAGGUGAAGAAACAUACUCAAAGUCUGCCAUGGACCCAUAAGAGACCUUAAGGAUUGUAAAACUGGGGCUUUCCUUCUGGAACAGUGGUGUUUUUUCUGGGAUUGAGACUUUUUAAGCAAAGAAGAUUCCAAAAUGGAUAAGGGUGGAGGUCCAGCUCUGGCUGCGUUCAUCAUGAAUGAAGAGGAGCUGAAGAGGAAGCAGCGGGAAAAACUGAAGAAACUACAGGCCACUGGUGGCAACCCCAGGCCUGCUCGUUCGCUUUUCUUCUUCACACUUAAAAAUCCCUUCCGUAAGACUUGCAUCAACAUCGUGGAGUGGAAGCCAUUUGAGAUCAUCAUUCUACUUUCAAUCUUUGCUAACUGUGUGGCUCUGGGUGUGUUUAUGCCAAUGCCAGAGGAGGACACCAACAACACCAAUCUUACCUUGGAAAGCCUGGAGUACAUAUUCUUGGUCAUUUUUACUCUGGAGUGCUUUCUAAAGAUAGUAUCGUAUGGGUUGUUAUUCCAUGAAGGCGCCUACUUACGGAACUGUUGGAACAUUCUAGACUUUGUUAUUGUGUUCAUGGGGCUUUUUACACUGGUAGUGGACACAUUUAAUAAAAUAGCAGGAGUUCCCACAGAGAAAGGAGGAGGGUUUGACAUGAAAGCUCUCCGAGCCUUCAGAGUCCUCCGACCACUUCGUCUUGUCUCAGGAGUUCCCAGUUUGCAGGUGGUUAUGAACUCAGUUCUAAAAGCUAUGGUGCCUCUGUUUCAUGUUAUUCUGCUUGUCUUCUUCCUUGUCACUCUUUAUGCCAUCAUGGGUUUGGAGCUGUUUAAAUGCAAGAUGCAUAAGACAUGCUAUUACGAAGGCACAGACAUCAUUGCCACUAAAGAGAAUGAAGUCCCGUCUCCCUGUGCUGAGGCUGGUUAUGGUCGCCGCUGCACCAUCAAUGGCACAGAAUGCAGGACAGGCUGGCCAGGCCCCAAUUUUGGAAUCACACAUUUUGAUAACUUUGGAUUUGCUAUGCUCACCGUCUUUCAGUGUAUUACUAGCGAAGGUUGGACUAAUGUACUCUACUGGGUUAAUGAUGCUAUUGGAAAUGAGUGGCCGUGGUUCUACUUUGUGUCUAUGAUUCUGCUGGGUUCCUUCUUUGUCCUCAACUUGGUUCUUGGAGUGCUUAGUGGGGAGUUUUCUAAGGAGAGAGAAAAAUGUAAGUCUAGAGGAGAGUACCAGAAACUGAGAGAGCGACAGCAGAUGGAUGAAGAUCUGAAAGGUUACAUGGAAUGGAUCACCCAUGCUGAAAUACUGGAUGCCGAUCGAGAAGGACAAGGUCUUCUGCCUCUAAAGGACAGUGGAUCAGAGACAGACAGCCUUUAUGAAGUGGCAGGUUUAAACCGUGGAGUUUAUUACUAUCGCCUUGCACGUCGUUGGAACCGUGCGAUGCGGAGAAAGUGUACCAUCUGGGUGAAAUCUAACGUAUUCUACUGGUUUGUGAUCCUGGUUGUCUUUUUCAACACUCUGGCCAUUGCAUCAGAACAUUAUCCCCAGUCUGAAGGAAUGACUCAUUUUCAAGAUAUUGCCAAUAAGAUUCUGCUCACAUGCUUUGCGAUUGAGAUGGUGAUGAAGAUGUACGCCUUUGGCCUACGUGCCUAUUUUAUGUCCAUCUUUAACCGGUUUGACUUUUUCGUUGUCACUGUGGGAUUACUGGAGAUCAUCCUGGUUGAGGCAGACGUGAUGACAUCACUGGGCAUCUCUGUGAUGAGGUGCAUUCGACUGUUACGUCUGAUGAAGGUCACAAAGCACUGGACAUCUCUCAGUCACUUUAUCGCCUCCCUGAUAAAUUCAAUACGCUCCAUCGCCUGCCUUCUCCUCCUGCUCUUCCUCUUCAUUGUCAUCUUCGCUCUCCUGGGCAUGCAAGUCUUUGGAGGCAAAUUUAAUUUCCCUGACAGACCCAUUCAGCGCAGCAACUUUGAUAAUUUCCCACACGCUCUCAUCACUGUGUUCCAGGUCCUGACUGGAGAAGACUGGGAUACCAUUAUGUACAAUGGUAUCAUGGCUCAUGGUGGACCAUCUUUACCAGGAAUUCUUGUCUGCAUCUACUUCAUCAUCCUGUAUGUCUGUGGAAACUUCAUCCUAUUGAAUGUGUUCCUGGCCAUUGCUGUGGAUAACCUUACUGAAGCUGAGAGUCUUUCCUCAGCACAAAAAGAGAAGGAAGAGGAGAAAGCUAGGAAGAAGCUCAUGAGACAAUCCCAUCCACAUAAGAGUGAUGAGGAAAAAGCUAUGGUGGUAAAAAGCAAACACAAGACUGAACCCAUGCCCACAACCGCCAAGCUUAAAGUGGAUGAGUUUGAAUCAAACGUGAAAGAGGUGAAAGAUCCCUUUCCCCCCGCUGACUUUCCAGGUGAUGAUGAGGAAGAAGAGCCAGAAAUCCCACCCACUCCAAGGCCCAGGCCCAUGGCUGAUCUGCAGCUAAAAGAGACAGUAGUGCCCAUGCCUGAAGCGAGUUCCUUCUUCAUUUUUGGUCCACAGAACAAGCUCCGUAAGCUGUGCCACAGGGCAAUCAAUGCAACCCCCUUCACCAACUUCAUCCUCCUUCUCAUCCUCCUCAGCAGCAUCUCUUUAGCUGCUGAGGAUCCCAUCGACCCUAAAUCAUUCAGAAACCAGAUUUUAGCUUAUGCUGAUAUUGUCUUCACCACCGUGUUCACUAUUGAGAUUGUGCUUAAGAUGACAGUGUAUGGUGCCUUCCUGCACACGGGUUCUUUUUGCCGAAAUGCCUUCAAUAUCUUGGAUCUCAUCGUUGUUGUUGUUUCCCUCAUGUCCAUGGGAAUGGAGUCCAGUGCUAUCUCUGUUGUAAAGAUUCUCAGGGUGCUAAGAGUUCUGAGGCCACUCAGGGCAAUCAACAGAGCCAAGCGAGUAAAGCAUAUGGUCCAGUGUGUGUUUGUAGCUAUUCAAACAAUUGGUAACAUCAUUUUGGUCACCUUGCUCUUAAACUUUAUGUUUGCUUGCAUUGGUGUCCAGCUUUUCAAGGGCAUGUUUUACUCCUGUACUGAUCCAUUAAAAAUGACAGAAGUGGAAUGCCAGGGAUCGUUUAUCAAACAUGUGCAGAACAGCCUUCAAGACACAGAAAUUAGUCAGCGUCAGUGGGUUAACUACGACUUUAACUUUGACAAUGUGCUGAAAGCCAUGCUCGCCCUCUUUACCGUGUCUACAUUUGAAGGCUGGCCAGAGUUACUUUAUAAAGCCAUCGACUCAGAUGCUGAAGACAGAGGCCCCGUAUAUAACAACCGUGUGAACAUCUCCAUGUUCUUCGUCAUUUACAUCAUUAUCAUUGCUUUCUUUAUGAUGAACAUUUUUGUUGGCUUUGUGAUUGUUACUUUCCGAGAGCAGGGAGAGCAGGAGUACAAAAACUGUGAGCUGGACAAGAACCAGCGUCAGUGUGUCCAGUAUGCUCUGAAGGCUGGGCCCCUCCGCAACUACAUCCCUAAGAACCCUUUCCAGUACCAGUUUUGGUACUUGGUAACCUCCUGCUAUUUUGAGUAUCUUAUGUUCCUUCUCAUCAUACUCAACACAUUGUGUCUAGGAAUGCAGCACUGUAAUCAGUCUGACCACAUAACUAAACUGUCAGACAUUCUUAACGUCAUCUUCACAGUCCUGUUCACAAUUGAGAUGAUCCUCAAGCUUAUUGCCUUCAAAGCAAAGGGCUACUUUGGAGAUCCUUGGAAUGUGUUUGAUUUCCUUAUUGUGAUCGGGAGCAUUGUAGAUGUUGUACUGAGUCAGGUUGAUGCUGCUUUGGAGUCAAGUGGUGGACUGUACUGCCUCCAAGGCUGUGAUGAAACAAAUAAAAUGCAAACCAUUGCUUAUGAAGAAAAUGCUCGGGUCUCAAUCACCUUCUUUCGACUCUUCCGUGUAUUGCGUCUCAUAAAACUGCUGAACCGCUCUGAGGGUAUUCGCAACCUGCUGUGGACCUUCAUUAAGUCCUUCCAGGCUUUUCCUCACAUAGCUCUCCUUAUAGUAAUGCUGUUCUUCAUCUAUGCUGUCAUAGGGAUGCAGGUGUUUGGUAAGAUUGCCCUAGUGGACGGCACAGAGAUCAACCGCAACAACCAUUUCCAGACGUUCCCACAAGCCAUUCUGAUACUUUACCGGUGUGUCACAGGAGAGGCGUGGCCGAAGGUCAUGCUGGCCUGUAUGUCUGGGAAACUCUGUGAUCCGAAAUCAGACUAUGCUCCCGGAGAAGAGAAUACCUGUGGAACUAACUUUGCAGUGUUUUACUUCUUGAGUUUCAACAUGCUCUGUUCCUUUUUGAUUAUCAAUUUGUUUGUGGCAGUCAUAAUGGACAACUUUGACUACCUGACCCGUGAUUGGUCUAUUCUCGGUCCACACCAUCUGGAUGAAUUCAAGAAGAUAUGGGCAGAAUACGAUCCUGAGGCUACGGGAAGAAUUAAACAUCUGGAUGUAGUGACUCUUCUCCGAAGGAUUCAGCCACCGUUAGGAUUUGGUAAAUUUUGCCCACAUCGCUCAGCAUGCAAGAGAUUAAUUUCAAUGAACAUGCCCCUUAACAGUGAUGGGACAGUCACCUUCAAUGCUACAUUGUUUGCUUUGGUCCGAACAGCUCUGAAGAUCAAAACUGAAGGCAACUUUGAGCAGGCUAAUGAGGAAUUGAGACUCAUCAUUAAGAGUAUUUGGAAACGGACCAGUAUGAAACUGCUGGACCAGGUCAUUCCACCUAUUGGAGAUGAUGAAGUCACCGUUGGAAAGUUCUACGCCACCUUUGUGAUUCAGGAUCACUUUCGUAGUUUUUUGAAACGUCAGGAAGAGUACUAUGGCUACCGGCCUGGUAAAAAGAGAGCAGCGGAGAUUCAGGCAGGUCUGCGCAGUAUUGAGGAGGAAGCUGCUCCUGAACUCUACCGUGCCAUCUCAGGAGACCUUAUUGCUGAAGAUGAGAUGGAAAGAGAAAUAUCAGGAGGAGAGGAGGGCAUCUACAGGAGAACUGGAGGACUUUUUGGGACCAACGUGGACCCCUUCUCAUCUGAGCCCAAUAGCCCUACUACAGCGCAGACAAGUCAACGACCCCUGCAGUUCUCUGAGACUCGCCCAGAGGAAAUGGAGUCUCCUCCUAACUCUGUCUUUAUUCAUAAUGCUGAGUUCUUCCCUAGAAUACCACCCAGAACCAACGCCACCAACAACAAUGCCAACUUUUCAGAUGAUAUUAUAUAUGAGAGAAGGUCCCCACUGACUGUAGGAACCAGAGAGCAAUCAUUUGAAGAUUUAAGAGACUCCAGUAUUUUUCCCAGUAGAGCCUCAUCUGUUAGAGAUGUAGAGGCCAGACACCAGUCAGAUUUCACUGUAAGAACUGACCUCACACAGUUCCCUUAUGACCCCACAUACAGUCAGAGAGAUGCUAGGAAACCAGCAGAUAAAAAGCAUUUACCAGCAACAGACAAACUGAUCCGACAGUCACUAAGAGAUGAUGGCCUUGAGACUCAAUCUAAAGACCCCAAGUUUGUAUCUGUGACUAAGAAGGUAAUGGCAGAGGUAAUGAAUGUUAGCAUAGACAACAUGGAACGAGCUGCGCAGGACAUUGUGAAUGGAAGAAGUGGGAAAAUGCCAAAACGUAAAAGGCGCCCCAUUCCAAUUCCACCAAGUGCUAAACCUGACGAGACAAAGGAAGCCACCACUGCAGUGUAGACACUCACUUAUUGUACACAUAUCUCAAAGGCUUUGUGAGCAAAUCAUAGGCCUGAUCAAAUGCAGUUUCACAUGUUGACUAGUUGCCUUUCAUCCACAAAAUCUAUCUCAUUAAACAACAUAAUGUGUUUAGUAGAUUUUAUGCCAUCUAUGCUACUGAGUGGCAGAGCAACCAUGUGACUGUAUGUGUUACCUAAGUGAGGUGUGGCACUGUAAUAAAUGUAUUGAUGGGUCAUUUAAUUUGGAGUUUUUAAUUUGGUGUUUGAACAUGUAAUGAACUUGCUCCUCGUUAUUUUUGUGGGUUCUUAUCAUUAGAGAAGAGUGAGUAGGACAGGACACAGCCAAAUUACUAACGUCAUUGUUGUGAACAAGAGUUCUUCACAAGCUGUUUGAAAGCAUGUGUUUUGACUGUUGAUCAACUUACAGUUGUCUAAAUAUUUUUGAACGUGUUAUGUAAAGAAACAGAUUGUAUUAAGGGUACUCAAUAAGUUGGUAUCUUAAUUCAUGUUAAAUCAUGUUAAUUUUCUGAUUAGAUUUACCAGGAAUUAUUAAAAGAGCAAUUAUAAUGAUUCAGAUAUAUUUUUAUUAUUGUUGUAAUAUAAUAAAUAAAAUUAAGUGAACUUGUUCAGCUGUAACAGUAAGGAUGUAAUGAAACAUCAGUCUGGAUAUAUGCAAAAUCAUAAUGGGAAUUUAGAUAAGGGUGCUGCUGUAGAAAACCAUAUACUAAUUAGAAAUAUGAACACUAACACAGGCAGCUUGUUCUUAAUACAGCAAAUUUAGAAUUUAGAGUGCUGUCUGGAAUAGCAUUUAGUUAUCUCUCCUUCAUUUUAGAAAUGUUUGAAAAGUUUAUUGAGGCUUGUUAAGAAGGCAAGACACCCAAUUUUAUUGAAAUGUUUUGUGAUUUAUGGUGAAAUAAAAAAAACAAACAGCAAUUACAACCUCUAAUUGCAGUUAACCAUAUUUUUCAAACCUCAGUGGGGUUUUUUUUUUAAUAAAUGUUAAUUUUAUCAAAUUGUUUAAGACUACAAAUAGUAUUUUUGUUUUCUUUGAAUAUCCUGGUCUGUGGGCCCUGCACAUACUGUAUGUUCAUUGUUCAUCCCAUGCAGGAUUUUAAGAUGUGUAGAUUGACACUACAGGUUAUAACAGGAAAUUUACCAGGUAAUGUUAGUUUUCAACAUGCCAAACUAACCAUCAUUUGAUCAGCUGGCCACCCUACUAAAAAUAUUUGCAAUUCAGAAUACAUUUGCUGUAUUUUUAGGUAGUUAUUUAAGGUAUUUGUCUGUUUAAAUUACAAUAAUACUAUUCUUUAAAGUUCCACUUUAUUCCUCCAGUCUGUAGAAAUUAGAUCUUAAUCACUUUAAACAAAAUAUCGCUGGUUCUGAGGGUAAACAUGUUUUUCUCUCUCCACUGAUUGGAAAUUGGUGAAACUUAAAUGCUCCCCAUGAAGUCUUCUAACCCCCAUGUUCUGUUUAGGGUCUCUGAUCAUGACUUUUCCUCAUUUUAUAGAAACUGCAAAUAAACCAAAAAAUUUUUUAGUGUUACAAACACCCUGUCAUGUAUACUCUUCUGUUUGGGGUCUCAGAGACCCAAGCAAGAAUACAUGAUUAAAAGCAAGAGAUUUUCAUAUGCUUUUGUGAUUUUCAUGUUUUCUGUUCCAAGGGUAGAGCUGACUCUCUCUCUCUCUCUCGCUGUGUUUUAUUAAUUUGGUUAAUUAAUUUGAACUGUGAAUAAUGUAGUUUUAUUUUACUCACACAGCACUGGGGUCUCUGGUACUGCACACACUAAGGCAGUAAAGUCAAUGUUGACCAAACACAAGAGUUAAGCAUAUUUAGGUCAAAUCAGAAUUUAGUACAGGUUGGCAGAUAUUUGAAAAAGUAUUUUUAAGCAACUUAUCAUGUAUUAUUCAGAUUUUUCUUUCUAAUGCUGAUCAAGACUUUUAAACUGAUUGCAACACUGUAUGUAAAUUCAUGUAAUGUAUGUAGUAAAUCAGAGACUCUUUAUUA